AUCGCUUCCUCAGCCCUUGCUUUUUGCUUUGCUAGGCACACGGCUGAGGAGGACGCCGCAGAGCUGCUGGGAUUAAGGCAGGAUCUGCUUUAUGGCUCAGUCUGUUAAUGGUGUCGUCCUGGAUCUGGCCAGCAAGCGUCUCCAUUCAAGGAUGGAGGCCUCCUGCCUGGAGUUGGCCUUGGAAGGAGAGCGGCUCUGCAAAGCUGGGAACUACAAGGAAGGGGCAGCUUUCUUUGAGGCCGCCGUCAAGGUGGGCACGGAAGACCUGAAAACCCUCAGCGCCAUCUACAGCCAGCUGGGCAAUGCCUACUUUUAUCUUAAGGAGUACAGCAAGGCACUGGAGUUCCACAAACACGAUCUCAUGCUCGCCAGGACCAUAGGCGACCGAAUUGGGGAGGGAAAAGCCAGUGGCAACCUUGGGAACACGCUGAAGGUCCUGAGGCGCUUUGACGAGGCUGUGGUCUGCUGCCAGUGGCACCUAGACAUCGCCCGUGAGCAGAGGGACAAGGUCGGAGAAGCAAGAGCCCUGUACAAUAUAGGCAAUGUACUUCACGCCAAGGGCAAGCAGAAACUGUGGGGCUGCACCCAAGAUCCCGGAGACAUCCCCCCUGAUGUGAGGGACACUUUGCAGGAGGCCACGCAUUUUUACGAGAUGAAUCUCUCACUAGUCAGUGAGCUGGGAGACAGGGCUGCCCAGGGAAGAGCUUUCGGAAACCUCGGCAACACCCAUUACCUGUUGGGGAACUUUGUGGAAGCCAUCAAAUUCCACAGAAAGCGCCUCUCAAUUGCCAAGGAAUUUGGUGACAAAGCAGCAGAGAGGAGAGCUUAUAGUAACCUAGGCAACGCUCACAUUUUCCUGGGACAGUUCAAUGCAGCUGCGGAGUAUUACAGGAAGACCCUGCAGCUCUCCCACCAGCUGAAGGACCAGGUGAUGGAGGCGCAGGCCUGUUACAGCCUGGGUAACACUUACACUCUCCUGCAGGAAUACAUCCGUGCCAUCGAGUUCCAUCUCAAGCACCUGAUCAUAGCCCAGCAGCUCUCAGACAGGGUCGGCGAGGGCCGUGCCUGCUGGAGUCUGGGGAAUGCCUACGUGUCCUUAGGGAAUCACCACCAGGCGCUGCUCUAUGCUCAGAAGCACCUGGAGAUCUCCAGAGAGAUAGGCGACCGCAAUGGAGAACUCACAGCCCGCAUGAAUGUGGAGCAGCUAAUGUUAGCACUGGGCAUGAGCGAAGUGGACCUGUCACGCUCUGGAUCAGUGCAGUUUGAAACACAAGGAGCUAGACCAAAAUUCAACAAAAGCAGCAAGAAGAACAUCGAAUUGUGGAAGUGCUCGUCAGAAAAGAAGUUAGGCCAGGAUCCCUCAGAUGAGGACUGCUUCUUUGACCUCCUCAGCAAAUUCCAGAGCAGCCGCAUGGAUGACCAGCGCUGCAAUCUCAAUGAGCAGCAGGUCUGGGAGAAGGGAAAGACUGCUUCAAGUCGGGGCUCACCGGUGGACAAUGUGAAGGACUCUUGCUCCAACAUUUCCUCACCACAAACAGAAGAGCUCUUUGACCUCAUUGCUAGUUCCCAGAGCCGGAGGCUGGACGACCAGAGGGCCAGCGUGGGAAAUCUGCCGGGUUUGAAGAUCACACAUAGCAACUUGAGUCACCUGUGUGGGAAGACUGAUGCCAAGGAGCCUGGCGAUGAUUUCUUCAACAUGCUCAUCAAGUGCCAGUCCUCCAGAAUCGAUGACCAGAGGUGUUCCCCACCUGGUCCGGGUCCCAAAGCCCCAACAGUGCCGGAUGAGGACUUCUUUAGCCUUAUCCAGAGAGUCCAGGCAAAACGCAUGGAUGAACAACGAGUCUUCCUUCCCCGGAAUGAGCAGGAUGAGGCCAGCUCAGAUGCAGCUACCCCUCCUUCUGGAGAUUCCAGUUAGGGCUGUAUAAUCCCAGGUUGACCUCCAAGUCUGCCACACACUCAGCACCCACCAAUUUCCAUUUUCAUUUAUUUAAAAAAAUAUUUAUGUUAGUAUAAAGGCAGAGGGAAAGUCAAGUUCUGGAAGCCAUUAAGAGAGAUCAGUCAAGAUAAAGUCGAAGUCUUGAAAGUGUUACAUUCUUUGGAUUCAAGACAUCGCACACAAAGUAAGGUCAAUUUUUAUGUCAGAAAACUAGGGAUAAAAUAAAAAAGGAAGAACGACUGAAAGCCAAAUGCACACCAUUGUGUGAAUGUAAGAGACAGUUUGCUAUUCCCAUGCUUCUCACUAAAACAAUUGUAAAUGAGUGUUUGGGAUAAUACAAUUACACCGUAAACUGAGAAUAAUGUAAAAUCACUUUAUUAUUAUUGGCCAGAAAAGAAUAAUAGGGUUAAUGCUGGCUUACUUGUUAAUAUAUAGCAUACGUGAUGGUAGAGGAGGACAGAUUAUAGGUGUUUGAAAAGGACUUUUUCUUUACGUUUUGUAGUUUGCGAGGAUCCCAUCAUUGCUCUGUCUGUGAUCUCCAAAAUGGACGGGGGGGUGCAUCAAUGGAGCAAGACUGUGUACAGCUAACAUAGCAUCCAUGCGGGUCAUGCUUUAUUUAUGGUUAGAUAAUUGACUGGGGGCAGAUUUUUUUUUUCCUUCGCACAGAACAUUGCACUCAAUACACUUUGGUUUCCCCCCAGGUUCCUCUUGGUAUUGUACAGGACCUUGCAGAACUUAAUAUAGUGUUAAGUUUUAAAUCUGGGAGCGAAACAUCAGGGAUAAACAGAAAAUGAAUUUUGUUUAAGUUGUGAAAUAUAUAAUAAUAUUAACAUUAAAAUAUUUUGGAGUAUUGCUUUCAUAAACAAUGCCUGACAUUUACUUGCAUUGUUCAAAGUAUCAGUCAACCUGUAGUACUAGUACAGUCAGGCACAUGUUGAACUUGGGAUAUUUAGGGACUAUUCUGAGCCAGCUGGUCGCACCUCCAGGACUUUUGCACUUCCUGGGUCUUUUUUGACUGUUUUCCACAACAUGAUUUCCUUGCACAGCAUAACUGCAUUUUUGUUCUAGCAGCACUGGAUGAAUCCUCUGCAUUACUGCACCAAGUUUAAAAAAAUACAAAUUCUGAAAAAGCACCUGAGGUUUUGGUCAGCAGAAGAACUACUUCAGCAACCAAGAGUGAGGAUAUUAACUAUUGUUUUCAUAUUCUGGGCAACCCUGCACUGGGUAAAGAGCACCAGAAAUGAAUAGAUGGAUGGGUCUUACAUUGUGAACAAAAUUGCCCUUUAAUACAAGAAGGCCUAAAGUAUUACUGAACUGAUGUGGAAUGGAGAGACAGAAUUAUAACAUGAUUAGAUGCAGCCCAAGCAGGCAAUAUAAUAAAAAGUAAAACUGUGAAACAAAUGCAAACAAUAUUUAAGUUUUACUUAUAAAAAAGUUGGAGUGUGGUGUGGUUAUGUAUUAGCUCUAGAUUUUAGCUGUGAAGACAUUAAAUUUAAACAUGGUACUAGGACUGAGGUUGACUUCUCACAGGAAAUGUGGUUCUACCUCAGAAUCAUUAUGCAUAUGCGUGCGUGUGUGUGUGUGUUUGUGUGUAUUAAUGAUAAGCGAAAAGGUAAAUUGAUCCCACUGACAUACUUUCUUACUGUCAAAUGUACGAUAUAAAAAGCUUUUGUAUUUUUCAGAUUGUGAAUGUGGGAACCUCCCCUCUGUUAACAAUAAAGCUGUUACGGGAUGUGCUUACCUGUGGUUCAGACAAGUUUGGUAAAAAUGUCAGACCAAACACUUAUGCUCCAAAGGAAGGAUAUUUACAAUUUUUGGUCUGCAUUGCAACACGUGUCCUGCAGAUGACACUGUAGUUUGUUGUUGCUCCACGAAAUACUCUACUCAGGCAGAGUUUUUGUACAGGACACAAUAAAUAUCCACACUGCCAAACAAAGCUUUUUAUGCAAUAAUCAAAGUCAAAUGCUCCCCAGAUGCUCUCAGGGUGUUAUCUACAAUAUUAUCAUUGCUGGUUGUAGAUUUUUCUUGAACAGUUUUUGGAUAUUUUUAUUGACUUUUCAUGGAAAGUUUGGAUGAAGUCUGGGAAUAAAGAUGUAGUGGUAUGGUGGA